AUGAGUGAAAACUUCAUACACUCAUCCUAUUCUAAAAAUCAGUUCCCAAAAUUAUUUACUAUUUUAUCAGAUAUUCAUGGAACUCAUAGACAAUUUAUAUUACCAAAGACAAAUUAUUUAUUAUUAUGUGGGGAUUUUACUAUUAGAGGAUAUGGUAUAAAAGACUUUAUUCAAUGGAUUGAAAAUCAACAAGUUGACGUACUUAUUUCUGUUCUUGGAAAUCAUGAAAAAAAACAACAAAUUAAAACAUUAGAAAAAAUUAAAGGUAAAAUUAAAGAAGUUCAUGCUCUUGAUGGGAAUUAUCUCCAUAUUAAUGAAUUUCAAUUUAUUGGUUCUGGAUAUAAGUUCAAUAUUCAUAAAAAAGAAAUUAAUAAAAUUAAUCCAAAAUAUCCUUUAAUUUGUCUUUCUCAUGAACCUCCUUUUAAUAUGAUGGAUUAUGGUAUUAGAAUGAGACAAUUAAUAAAUGGAGAAUUUUUUCAUGCUGGGUCAAAAGUAGUUCAACAAUUUAUUCAAAAAGUUCAACCAGACCUUCACUGUUUUGGACAUUGUCAUUCAUCUCAUGGAAUAUGUAAAGUUGGAAAAACAACUUUUGUAAAUGGUUCUAUUGUAGAUGACAAUAACUCUUUAUGUUUUAAACCAUUACAAUUAAAAUAUUAUAAUAAAAAAUUUAUUCCAUUAACUCAAUCAAAAUGUAUUACUUUAAAUCAAUUCAUUCAACAAAUUAAUCAAAAACCAUCAAAAUUUAUUUAUGAUAAUAGAGAAUAUAAAGAAGAAAAAAUUCAACUUAUUAAAGAUAGUAUUGUUAACUAA